UCCGCCCGAGGCGCCGACGCCCCAGCCCGGCAACAGACGUUGAGGGGAGCCGCUGCCGCUGCCUGCGCCGCCAUGGGAGUGGAAGGCUGCACGAAGUGCAUCAAAUACCUGCUCUUCGUCUUCAACUUCAUCUUCUGGCUGGCAGGAGGCAUCAUCCUGGGAGUGGCCCUGUGGCUCCGGCAUGACUCACAGACAACGAAUAUUCUCUACCUGCAGCUGGGGGACAAGCAGGCCCCCAACACAUUCUACGUUGGAAUCUACAUCCUGAUUGCGGUCGGAGCUGUCAUGAUGUUCGUUGGGUUCCUGGGAUGCUACGGUGCUAUUCAGGAGUCUCAGUGCCUUCUGGGAACGUUCUUCACUUGCCUCGUGAUCCUGUUUGCCUGCGAAGUUGCAGCUGGAAUUUGGGGAUUUGUCAACAAAGACCAAAUAGCCAAAGACGUGAAACAGUUCUACGAUCAAGCGUUUCAACAAGCGCUUGUGGCAGAAUCGGAGACAAACAAUGGGAAAACUGUAGUGAAGACCUUUCAUGAAACGCUGGACUGCUGUGGUCCUGAUAAUGGAAUGAGAGCUAUCACUCCACUGUGGAGAGAAGACCUGUGCCCAAAGAAGGACUUCAUGAAAAAUGUUUUUCAGUCCUCGAAUUGCCACAAAAAAAUCGAUGAGCUGUUCUCCGGGAAGCUGUACCUGAUUGGUAUCGCUGCCAUUGUGGUCGCCGUGAUCAUGAUCUUUGAAAUGAUCCUGAGCAUGGUGCUGUGCUGUGGCAUAAGGAACAGCUCCGUCUACUGAGCCGUGAGAGCUGGGGAGGGGAACGGGGGUGCAGGGCGGACGACACUAGAGGGGACCCCAAGUUGCCACCAAGUGACCAGGAGACAUUUCAACAAAAGAGAAAACUAUGUAUAUAAAUACUUCAAAUAUUACCAUACAGUACUUAAUUUUUAUUUUGAAGUACUUUUUUUUUUAAUAAAUAAAACUUUCCCAUAUCUUUGUGGCCAAGUUAGUUACACAUCAGUUUUGUGUGAUGGGGAAAGCUGCUGUAGCAAGAGAUUGAGUCCUUCCUCCCACUUCCCCACCCCCUGUAACUCAGAAACAGCACUGGUGGAAGAUGUGCAGAGGAGAAGGCUGCAGCCUGUGAUCAGAAAACUUUGCCUUGGUUUUUACUCUCUUUUUCAACACGGACUUUUUUCAUAUAUGUAAUUGGAUGCUGAAGCAGGGUUUAGCAUUUUUGUUCAUUUAUUCUCACCUUUUCUUACCAUCACCCUAACUCCCUGGUGUUUCCAACCAGUCUGUAGGGAAGCCUUGCUGACUGCUGAAACCUGGGGGAGAGGUGAGGAGAGAGCACAGCCCCUGUCGGCUGGGUGUGAUGUGUCCUGAGGGGAACGCAGGCGUGGUGUUCCUCUCUGAUUGGUUUGCAUCUCUAGGUCAAUCCUUAACAGAAGUCAUGCUUAAAUUGUUUUACUCUCUAAAGAGCGGGGAUGGUUUUGGCUUUUUGUUUUUGGGGUUGUUUUUUUUUUUGGGGGGGGGGGGGGGGGCUGUAACUUUAUAAAUCUGUUCAUUGCCAUUGAUUCGUUACAUUAAGGGUCAGUGGCUGGGGGUGAAUUUUAUUCUCAGCUUUUCAAAUAUAAGAAACUGAAAAGUCACUUUUUUAACCUCCUUCAAUGUUUCUUUAUAGACAUGUUUUUGGGAGAGUCUAGUUCUGUACUAAGUUUCCACUGUUAAGCUAAUGCUUGCAUACAAAUGAUAUUGGAAAAAAGAAGAAAACUUAAAAAAAAAAUUCUUUAACCUUGGAAAUACGGCAUUUAUGUAUUGCAGGAUGACUCUUGGGUUCCCAGACAUAUGCGUACCUGUUUCAAAUUUCAUUUUUGCAUCACUCUCUUGGUCAAUGAAUUAAUCCUUACUUAUAGCAUAUUGUCGCACACUGUAAUAUUGCUGGGAAAUUGUCAUAACCUAAUUUUGAAAAAAAAAAUAUUUUAAAGACCUUCCACUUCCAGUUACAUCAAAGCAAGGGAAUUCAGGAUUUUAGAUCACACCAGUUGAAACACUUUCUUGUGACCUGGUAAGCUUUGAUUGCCAAUUCAAUGUAUGUGGCUUCUGUUGUAUGCCACUCUGUUACCAUGUAGAUAGAGGGGGAGAGUGACCCAGGAGCUAUAUAAUAAAAUCAGAGUGUCUCUAAAAAGAUGAUCUAUAUGUAUAGUUCUAUAGAUAUAUAUUUUUAAGCAAAGCCUUUUCAUUAGCUGUAUGGGCACUUGAGCUGGAAAUGAUAGUCUCAGCUCUUUGCCCCCUCAAAGCAGGUAAGGGGAGGAAUUGAAGCUAGGGAUCACCUUCCCCACUUCAGGAAUAUUUCUGUUUCAUUGCAACAAAGAGUUUCAGAUCGGAUAGGGAGGGACACCUGUGAUAAUUUUAAACUAGUACCUUGUGCACUGCAUGUGGAUGCUGUGGCCUUUGCCACUAGAGGAUAGGAAAUUCCUGCAGUGGGGCAAACCGAUCCAUUCGGAGGCUUUUUCCCUGCUUCCAUUCCCCCUUUCCUCUUUUCUUCUUCCUGCCUUUUAGUAUAUAGGGCCUUUUAAAAGUAUAUAGGUAAAUAUAUAUAUAUAUAUAUCAAGUUGUGCUGGGUAAGAGGAGGAAGUGCUUCAACAGAAUUUGGGAUUGAGAGGUUGGACAAGAAAAGAUUCAGCCUUAGAAAUAGCCUUAAAGCAACACUGCCCUGAAUGUCCACGUUGUGCACAUCAAGAAUGAGACAAGGUUUUGCAGUAGUUAACCCCUUCCCUGCUCCCCAGCAUACCUCCUUCAGGCCAUCUACUCUGUUAUGUGGCUAUAUGUAUAUGCAUCAACCAAGCAUGUGUGUUUACAUAUAUGUGCAUCGGGAUUGUUAGCAUACAGAAUGGAUGUGUAACUUGCCGCCUUUUUUGUUGACUGUUGAUAAAUGUGUAUAAAUAUGCCGUUAAGCAUUUCAAUUCUGUUUUCUUUCCUUAUACUGUAUUUUUGAUAUUGUUCAGUAUUCAGUUGAUGCUGUGUAUGUAGCUGGAACUCUGUUUGAAGAUGGACUGGGCCUCGAUGCAGGUCAGGUGUGUCCUUUGUCAUUGCAGCUUUAGGGGUCUGGGUUGUCCAAGGCAGGAGCAAUUGGGAGAAAGUGGUACUUGGAGAGGGAGUCUGAGAGCUGUGGGAGGAAGAGCGGGACGUUUGUUCAGACCACGUCCCACACGGUCUGCAGUUUCCCUCUGGUUCAUUUCAGAGGUGGCUUGUCACCAUGGGGAGCUCCAGAGGAAGCUCCCUGGGCCACCUCCUGUCCCUGUGGCUGCUGCAGUAGGGGAACAGCCAGCGGCUGGGAAGGUCAUGGGAGGGGGCAGAAUGAGUUUUGCAGGGAGGGGGUAAUGCUUUCUUUAGAAUUUCUAGCUGAGAGUCCCCAUGUUCUGUCAUGAUGGAUUGUCGUCUGCUGAGCAGGAGGGGUCAGCCCUGGGAGAAUAGAGACAGAGAACUGUCAUGCCUAAGAACAAUGAAGUAGCUGAGAAGCCCCUAUGAAAAAACCUACCCACUUGGGUCUUCCUUAGUCCAGCCCCCUGUGAAGCUUGAUCUGAGUUAAAACAAACUAGAGAGGGGGCUGUGAAGGCCUGAGGGGACUCGCCCUGUUGCAGGCACUCAGGAUCCAAAAGUGACAGGGCUUUUCUGCCAGUUGGUCAGUCCCAAAGCUGGCUGAGGUGAAGGGGAAAAACCCACUAGGUGGGACCCAUGUCCUGCCUCAGACCCUCUCCUGUAUACCUGGGCAUUUGUGUGUGCAACAUGGGGCCCUGUCCUGCUCCCCUCCACACCCUGAAAAAACAAACUAAGGAUGAAACUGGGCUGUAAAUACAAACCCCUCCCUCUCCAUGGAAGCAUCCUCCUGGAGCUGCUGACAGCUGAGAAAAUGGCUGUGAGCUGAGGAGAGGAGGAGGAGAGAGGCUGGUGAGGAAGAGGAGAGUCAACUGUCCAGGUCGAAGUUCAAAGACCAUAUCGAAAGGUCAAACAGAGCCGCUGACAGCUUAACUGAAUGCUUGGGUUUUUUUCAUGUUGUGGAGCAUGCCACAAAGCAGUGUGUUUAACUUUUCUGCCUUUUUUUUAAAGAAACAAAACAAAAAUCGAUUUAAUAAACAUUUCUCAUAGUGUGAUGAA